AUUUUCAAUCCGGCAAAUUCCGACCAUGAAUUUAAUAUCUUUUUUCCCCAUCAUUGGCGGUUUUUUCUCACACCUACCUUCAUGGAUCUCAACAAAGUUACAAAAUACCUGGAAAAACGGUCAAAGUGGUCUUACUUGGGGAUCGCCGUGGCGCUCUUUGUCAGUCAUAAGGUGUAUCGGUUUCUUCAUGUACCACCUUCCUUACGCCACAUCCCUGCGGUCAGUUACUGGCGUAUGGUAGGCUCCUUCCUUUCCAAAGAGCCACCUCAACGUCGUAUGGAACGAUUAAUCCUACCCACCAUUCAAGGGACUGAUGGAAUCUAUUUGAAUAAAAUACCGCUGGAUUGGACCGUUUUCUUGGCCAACCCGACGUCUGUCAGGUCUUUGUUCUUUGAUAACAAGGAUCUUCCCAAGGAUCAAUCGGGGCUCUACUACCUUGGUGAAACUAGUCCUGUUAUUCGGUUCGUCGGAUACGAUAAUAUUGUGUUUAGCAAUGGACAGACGUGGAAAAGACAGCGCAAGUUAAUGAAUCCAGUGUUUAACCGUGCUAUGCCGGUGAACGUGUUUGGCAAUUUGAUGCUCAAAGUCAUUCAUAAAAUUGAAAAUGAAUAUCAAGGCAACAAUGUCAGAGUGGUCGAUCUUAUGCAGCGAAUGACAUUGGACGCACUUGGGCUGGGCGUUUUUGGAUUCGAUUUUUUGUCCUUGGAAGAAGAGAAUUCGAUAUGGCGAGAGACCUAUGAGAAUGUGAUUGCCAGUGUACGAGAUCCCAUAACCAAUGUUUUCCCUCAGAUUGAUUCGAUCCGUGCGUGGUUUUUCCCCUCUCGAAGAGCCAGGCUGGAAGGUACCGCGAAACUCAACAACUUGCUGCUGAACAUGGCCCAAGAGCGACGUCGUUUCCUGACGGAGCAAAAAGCCACCGGUCAAGAAGAUACAAAAUCCGAUAGCGAGAAAGAUCUUUUGACAUUGAUGCUGGAAGCCGAAAUAAGAGGCGAAGGUAACCUGUCGGAUGAAGAACUCAGGACCAACAUGGCCAUGAUGUUUGCGGCUGGGCACGAGACAACAUCGCAUGCACUUGCCUUUGCCAUCUACUAUUUGGCUGUGAAUAAGAACAUCCAAGACAAAGCUCGUCAAGAAGCUCUUGAAGUCCUUGGAAACGACCCGGAAGAUGUGUUACCGUCUCUUCACGAUUGCGGAAGGUUCGUCUAUAUCGAUAUGAUUAUCAAAGAAAACUUGAGAAUAUCUCCCACGGGUGAAUUCAUUUUGCCUCGAAAGGCUGUCGAGGAUAUGUAUGUGGGUAAUACGUUUAUUCCCAAAGGCACCAAGGUCUCGAUCGAUAUCCAUACUCUUCAGAAUAACCCAGAAAUAUGGGAAAACCCCAAUGAGUUCAGACCGGAACGCUUUGCCAAGGACGGGGAACACGAUAAGCAUGAAGGUAUCCCCUGGGUUCCCUUCAGCGACGGUACGCGAAAAUGCAUCGGCGUUAAAUUCAGCAUGGUAGAACAGUACGUGUGCUUGGCAAUGCUAUUGCGUAAAUACGAAUGGGAAUUGCCGGAAGAGUCCAUUCAUCGUAAUGGUAUCGUCCAUGAAAUAGGCGCCAACGCCGCUCCUACAUCGUUGACCAUCAACUUUACCAAACGUUACUGAACCAAUGAUUUGGGCGUUCGAGAGCGUUUCUGGAUUUCCUUUGUGUCAUCUUUUAGUUCAAGCAUUUUACAGGUUAUACUGUGUGUUCCUAUUAAGAAUGAAGUGGGAUUCCUCCAGAAUACAUUUGAAAUGCUCCAUUUUCUAUCAAUAAAUAACAAAUAUAAUCGAGUCCACGAAUUGUUCAUCGUAUGUAUAGCUAAAUCCGAAAC